GCUGCCCGAGCUGUGGCAACGCCCACGGCGAAGCCGGUGGCAACGCCUGUGGCAGCUGCGCCGGUGGCUAUGCGACACCGGGUCGUCAUCAACCAGCUGCCUCAGAAGUUCAUGCCCCACCCUUGCACGGCCAGCAGUGAGCAGGCUGUGCUUCGGGCCCAUGUGUCGGGCAAUAGCAUCAACUCGGUGCAUGUCAAUCGUGCGGGGCUGCAACCUCCCAGUGGUCAACCUGCGGUGAUUGUGCGACACCUGCCAGCGGCCCGAGUUCUAGCGCCGGCAUCAGGCUACAGUCACUCCGGAGCGUGGACGACCCUGCAGCGGCCGCUUUUGCAAACAGCAUCGGCCUCGUUUAGCGCUCCGACUCGCGUGCUGCAUCGCCUUACAAGCCCGGCCAAAUCCAUUGCGCUGCGGAGAAGCGCUCGGUGA